AUGUUCUUGGAUGCUUCACCUCAUGUUCGCGUGCACGUUUUCGACAACACGACGUUUGCUCAGGCACGUAUCAUGGAUCAUUUGAAAGCUCGUCACGGACCACGCCGUCUCGAACAUCACAUGGGAGAUCCCUGUGAAACGGUUCCGGUACGAUUGUCUCCUGUUCAGAAGGACAACAAGCCAAUGAUUACCUGCGACAUUCUAUUUGGAUCCAACCCUUCGUGUCUUGAGGACAAUUUGGAUCUUGCCCAGAACGCCCCGUGUGGCGCCUUGUUGACGAGCAUGGCAACGAAAAAGUUGCGAGAUCCACUCGUGUACUUUGGUGUAAACACUCAGUGGCAAAGAUUGAAACGCAAAGGAUGUGUUCGUGAUAUUACCUGUUUUGCUUCCGACAAUAAAACAAACAAGGCGAACAAAUUUUGCAUGGCCGUGACUACAGCCAAAUGUCAAAAACUCAAGCGGCUACGAAAGGACAACAACUGCGAGACUUCGGCAAUUGCUCAGUUGACGAAACGCAUUGUCUUGGGUCGUGUGUGCCCAUCGCAUGAAGUUCGUAUUCCAGAACCGAUGCGGCAACAGACAUCAGCACAAUUCGCGUCCGUCAAAAAGCCCACCAAAGAAGCAACAGCCAAAACUGGCUAG